CCCUAACGCCAGCGGCAAGUCCGUCACUACCACGCGCAGAAGACAAGCCAUCUUCUCCAUCACCCUCCUCUUCUUUUCUUACCAGUCGCGCGCCUCCCAGCGGCUAGGGUUCCUCCCGUUGCCAUUUCUUCUAGCCCACAGCACCGUCGGGCCAGCGACUUUGACUCAUAAUUGCUUACUCCUUCUUUCACUCUCUUAUUAGGUCGCUAAGGAAAGAAGAGCUGAGAGAUAAAUAAGAGAGCUAAAACAUGGGGAAAGAGGAGAUGGAGACUGAAAAGUCUUACCAGAUAGACCUCGGCAAUCUCAUGGCUUUCGACCCUUAUCACCACUUCCCUUCUCUACCUUCUUCCAGGGAGGAGCUUGUAAAGGAAUGCUUAAAGGAAGGAACUAAGCUAGUACAAGCAAUUGCAGAUGGUCUUUUUAACUUGCCUGCAACUGAAGACAUAGAUGGUCCGCUUGCUAAGUUGCCUCCACCAACAACGAAAGUGCCUAGAGAGAAGCCUCUGCCAAAGCCUAAACCUCCUACUAAAUGGGAAGAAUUCGCCAAAAAAAGAGGUAUAAAGAAGCAUAAGAAGGAUAAGGUGGUCUGGGAUGAGCAAACCGCCCAAUGGAAACGCCGCCAUGGUUAUGAUCGCGUUAAUGAUGAUAAAGAUGUACCUAUUAUUGAUGCCAAGGAAACUGAUGAGCCAGGAGUAGAUCCUUUUGCUAUGAGACAGGCAGAAAAGAAAAAGCGGGUUGGAAAGCAACAGCAGAAUCGGUUGCAGAACUUGAAAGCAGCAGCAAAAGUUGGUGCUUUGCCAAGCCAUGUUCAACUAGCUGCCACAGCAUUGCCCAUAACUGGUACAGAGGCCCCAUCCAAGAAAAUUACAAAGGAUGAACUGCGGAAUGUAGCAGGGUUAGCUGCUACUGCAACUGCUAGUGGUGGAAAAUUUGACAAGAAGUUGCCAGGAGAAAAGCUUCUUAAAAAGCAAGGAAAGCACCGCAAGUUUCUACCUGUUGUGGAAGGAUCAGGAAUAGGCUCCCGAGAAAAGGAGCAGACAGAUAAAGUUCUGAGCAAGCUAAUUUCCAAAAACUCCCAUGAAAUACUUAAUGUUGAUAAGGCCAUUAAUAUGUACAACGUGAAGAAAGAGAAGAAGAACAGAAGAAAUAAAGAGGGAGCAAAAUCUUCAUCAGCCUCGAAUAAAUUGAAACCGAAGAAGAAUAUCCGUAAGAAGCCCGGAAAGAAAGUUUCGACAAAGGGAGGAAAGGAAAAAAAGUAAAACUAGUUAGAAGUCUAUUUUUGUUAAGUGGGUGGAGUUUUGAUUAGUAGUUUUUCAUAGAUGAUUUGUGUAUCUUCCCCCAGUUUCUAGUUCCCAUUUUUUUAUCACACUGAUUCUGGUUUAGACAUUUAUAAAUGAUUUUUCUUCUGAGUUCAUGCAUCAUCAAUGUACAUGUGUCUAUCUCUUAUCUGAAUCCUGAGUCAACAAUUACAGGUCUCUGUAAUCA